GAAUAUUAUAGUGAAAUAUGAAUUUGUUGAUUUAUGUGUAGUUUAUUGUAAGAACGAGCAAAUGGACGCAUAAUUUACUCAUAAGAGUGUUGAAAGGAAAUUGUUUUCAUUUCACCACAUGAAGACAGUGGGAAAGUAAAUUGUGACUUAACUAAGCCGUGUCCAAUAUAUAGUACGCCAAAUAUAACCGUACUGACGUAAAUAUGACCAAAUUCAAAAACGGUACCAUCUCUUGUUUUUAUUUAAAUUGUAAAUAAGUAUAAAUUUUACGUUUAUGGGAGUGUUUUCUGCCUUCGCGUCCCAAUAGCUAAAUAUCUUUAGACUCGCGUAUUUGCUUCAUGUUAAUGUCCUAAAUGUGUCAUGUGUCUGUCGUUCGGGGUACAAUAGACUAAGAAAUUUUGAGUAAAGGAUGUAUAAUCAAUUUAUUUAAUCUUCCUGUCAAAACAAGAUAAAGUAUUAAACCAACUGUGUAAUUGGAACGGUAAAACAGCAUUCACAAGAAUGCCAGUUUGUUAGAAACAUCAAACAUUCGUAUUGUUCAAAUACUUUAAUACAACGUCCAGACAAAAUCUCCGUUCAAAGCCGUUCUUGAUUUACAGUCCUGAUGCAGUGUCGCAUUUCUGGAUAUUUUGAAGGCAUUGACCCGCAAUUUUUGAAUAUUUCUUGGCCAUCUUAAUCCUGUGAAUUUUAUUCAUAAUUCCUGGCUUGGUUUAAGUGUAAUUAAGUGUUUUGUGUGUACGAAUACUUUAAUCUAAUGAGAUUAUUAUAAACAAGCGUAAAUCCUAGCAACAUUCUGUUUUACAAUCCUUUUGUCGUUGAUUUUCCUGCCUAAAAAUGCUACGGAACCAGUACAGCACAAAGUACUCGCAGCAAGAGAUUAAACUGAUCUUGACAAUAAUGUAUACAAAUUUGACCAUGAUAUUCUAAACAUGGAAGUGGCUAGCUAAUAUCUUUAGCCAAAAUACUUUUGCAAUAAAACCUUGUACAUUAUAAUUUAACACGUCGUAAUCGUAAACACACAGUAUGUUCUAUGCAUUGUAACCUUAGAUCAUUUCAAAACAGUAAAUGGUUUGAAUAAAGAACAGCGCAGGGACAUGAAUAUUUUGACCUAACCUGUGAUAUUUAUAUGACCUAUCGAUUUUCCCACGCGCGCAUAGUUCAUUUUACAACUAAUGGAGUAACUCCUAAUAGCCCCCGACCAACGCGUUUUUCUCUUAUCUUCAUUUCUCAUCUGUUCCUGAAGAUUGACAUUUAUUUCCUUCACUCAGAAAAUAGUUUAAGUCACAGAUAAACACUCCCAUACUAAGUUUGCCAGCACUACGCAUGCUCUCGACUAAAACGUCUUUGCAUAUAAAACAGCGAUCUUACGUCAAAUUUAUCCGGCACAGAUAAUUGCUAUUUAUGUGAAGCACACCGCGUAUGAGAGACUGUAAGCAUGAUUGGCGCAACACCUCGCUAAUCUUCAUAUUCUGUAUCAAAAACAUGGUACAACGUUGCGUCGUGUUUAUGUUUCGUGGCAAAGUUAUCACUUGAGUCGUUGACCAACACAAGGCACCGACGUUUAUUCUGCAAGCGAAACAGCUGACGAUAAUGAUCACAGAGUUAAACAAGGUUCAUAUCAAAUGCGUUGUAUAAUUGUCUCUGCGUGAAGGAACGCUUGAACGUUUAGGUCUAAAGCAUUUGAAGUUACGAGUGGAUUUGAGAGCAUGUUUUGGGUUAUGUUAACAGCUGUGUUAACUUGGGGUGUUUGUGGAAUACUUGCAGCAGGUUCUAGUCAGUCAGAAUCACAGUGUGUUGGCACACCGCUUAAUAAACUUACAGUGAAUGAAGGUCUAACAGCUGGGACAGUUUUGUUGAGGUUCAAACAAGAUCAAAAUAUCGUGUAUUCCUUUCAUCAGGACUUGUACUCGCAACCGGCGUUAAAUAUAUUCCAAAUAUCGCCUGCAGGAAUUGUUACAAAUAUUGUUACACUGGAUCAUGAAGACGAGAGAGGCAGUGAAUUCACUUUGACAGUUCUCGCGAAUAACAUUGGCAAAUCAUCGCAAGAUAGCGCAUUCGUAACGGCUUGUUCGUUGUCAAUUAUAGUCGUUGAUAUCAAUGACAACUCCCCACAGUUCAAGAAAGAUUUAUAUGUCGGAUAUGUCACAGAAACGUCCACAAGCACAGUAGUUCAAGGCUUACAUGGUAUAUACGCUACUGACCUAGACUCAGAGACAAACUCCGUUGACAGUUAUGAGAUACUUCCUGGAAACGGCGCAGACAAAUUCGAAGCAGUUACGGAGACCCUGAGCGGAGUUAAAUUCCUAAAUAUUCGAAGCAAAGGCAAGCUUGAUCGAGAAGAGGCCUCGUUUUAUGUCUUGACUGUACAAGCCACGGACGGUGGAACUCCAACGAGAAGUGCUCGCACGCAAGUGAGAAUUAAUAUUGAGGAUAGAAAUGAUUGCGCUCCUAAGUUUACAUCCUCAGAAUAUAUCGUGACAGUCCUCUCAACAACCCCUGUUUCUACUGCAAUUCUAACCGUUCAUGCCCAGGAGGAAGACUAUGGAAAGAAUGCUGAUAUUUAUUACUACUUUAAGAGAUUUCAAAAGAAAUCCCAGAAUGAUAACUGUUUCACACUUGACCCGCAUACUGGAGUCAUUCGCGUCGCUAGAAAAUUAGAUUUUACUGGAAGUUUGAUUCACAUGACGGUGGUUGCUCAGGAUCGCGGAAUACCGGCUAAACGCUCGGAAACUGUGGUGAAAAUUAGACUAUACCAAGGAAGAUCACAUGUUUACGACCACGAUCAACCAAUUGUCUUCGCAAAAAAUUCUUAUUUAGCAAGAAUUCGAGAAGAUUUACCCAUCAACUCUCACGUUUUUCAUCCAGACGUUCUCAAUUUGAGGAGAUCAAGAAAUGAGCCUAAAUUUAAAAUUUUGUCUCAUCUAGAAGUUCCUUUUGAAGUGGAUACUCAUAGCGGUUUCCUGUAUUUGACUGAAAACUUAGAUUAUGAAAGGAAAAGCGUUUAUGAAUUUAGCUUGGCGUUGACCUCGUCUCAAGAAAGUGUCGCGAACGUGACUGUUUUGGUUGACGAUGCUGAUGAGAAUGUCAACCCACCUGCAUUUCAUCGACUCAACGACGAAGCUGAAUUUAGCAGAGUCGGAAAUAGGGAAAUGUCUCGUUUAGUGAAAGAGGUUAAAGCGUUUGACCCAGACGACAGAUCGAAUGCCAGGCUUAGUUAUUUCAUUGAUGAUGGAGAUGGUAUUGGUAGAUUCACAAUUGAAGAAUCUACGGGUCGGGUUCUCUCUGUUCCGCGUUUGAAUUGGAAUGAAGUUGAUCAUCUUGGCUUAGUUAUAGAAGCUAGGGACAGCGCAAGCCGAUGGAGAAGCGGAAAGCAAUUCUUAUUUAUAACUGUGGUGGGGGAACAGGAUUGUAACCCAAUGUUUGAGAAGAGUGUUUACGACGGGAAUAUACGGGAGAAUUUACCACGUGGAACAUUCGUGACUGUCACGAGAGCGCAAAUGUGUCGAGGGCAGAGAGUGGAGUACUGGAUCACUGCAGGGAACUCAAGAAAUAACUUUAAGAUUGACAAAGAAUCUGGAAUUGUAACUACAACAAAACCACUCGACAGAGAGAAAGAACCCGAGUAUACAUUGGAAAUAACAGCAAGAAAUGGGUCAAGAAGUUCCAAGACAUUGUUGGUUAUAAAUAUCGAUGAUGUCAAUGACCAUAGUCCUUUGUUUUCCAGAAAGAGAUUUCAGGUUGGAAUCACUGAAAACAGAGGUGAAAUAACGAGCUUACUUAUGUCUUGUUGCAACAGACAAAGACUACGGUAAUAAGCCAGAGUGAAAUACAACAUCGUGUCUGGAAAUAGAAAGAACUUGUUUAAUAUUGACGUCGCACUUGGAAAUCUAUCGUGUAAAUCCUUGAACUUUGAGGAUACAAGGGUACAUACAUUGAGAAUCAAGGCCACUGACCAAGGUGUUCCCCCACGUUCCUCGUUCACCACUGUGCAAGUAUUGGUAAAGAAUGUUAAUGAUCCCCCGAAGUUUGAGUCUGAUGAAUCAACAGUUGAAAUUCUUGAAGAGAAUCCUGCAGGCACAAGAGUGGCAUUUCUCCCAGUUGUUGACGAAGAUGAAGGAAGAAAUGGCGAGUUUGAAUGUAGUUAUGAAAAUGUUGAUCCUAAAGAAUUUGGCAAAUUUCGAAUAGAAACGUUUAGCAAUGGAUGUGAAGUCAAGAGUAAAGUAUUGUUGAAGUGGUUUGAAGGAAAUUCUUACUCGUUACGCGUGAGAGUAAAUGAUAAAGCUCCUCUUUUGAUUCGCAAGUCAGAUUUUAUCAUAGUUAAAAUUAAGGUAAAGGACGUCAACAACCAUGAUCCAAUGUUCCUGCAAGACUCCUAUUGGUCCUCUGUGUCCCCUGGUACAACUUCUAUCCUUACUGUAACCGCUACUGAUGAAGAUGGCGGGCGUAAUGCCAGGAUACGAUACUCCUUGGCAGUGCGACGUCUCAAAUAUUUCGCAUUGACUCACGAAUUGGCCCUGACAGCAGUCAAAGGAAAACUUCAUGUUGGCAAACAUAAAGUGGAUGUGUAUGCUGAGGAUCAAGGCAGUCCAAAACGAAGAAUGAAAGUCACGUGUUUCAUAACAGUUGAUAGAAAUAUCAACCGUUCCCCCCUAAGAAUUACUUUGUCAAGAUACAAAUUCACCCUGAACGAAAAUGUUCAUGUAAAUACCAUAGUGACAAUUGUCACUGUGAAUAAACGCGAUGUGAAUUAUACUAUCGUAGGUGGAAACACGGAAAAGACAUUCAGUAUCUCUCGAGAUGGCAAGAUCACUGUGAUCAAGACUUUGGAUUAUGAGAAGAUCAAACUUUAUAAACUUGUGGUUAGAAUUACGUACAGGAGGCGUGGAGGAAUGGAACUUGCUAAAGAGACAACUAUCACAAUUCAAAUAUUGGAUGUUAAUGACAACGAACCAAUUUUUACAACCCUCAGUAAUCCUCUGGUUGUCACCAUCAACACACCAGUUCAUCCCAAUUCAAUUAUUACCAAAAUUUCCGCUUAUGAUGCUGAUUUAGCAAAUAGUGUCACUUAUAGAAUCAAAUUAAGUUCUUCCCAAGUUCCGUUCGAUCUUAAUUCUAUCUCGGGUGAGAUUACCGCUCAGCGUUCGUUAGAAAGUCGUAGUUGGACGUUUACGAUAGUUGCCGAAGAUUCAGUGGAACCGAAGAGACAUAGUGAGCUUGAUGUACACGUGAGGAUUCGUAGAGGUCGUCCGAGGUUAAGAAUUCCUCAGCAUCAGCUGUCAGCAAGUGUAGAUGAGGGACCUCUGGGUGUAGGUAGGGAUAUCACGAGUUUCUCUGUGAACAAUGAGUGGGAGAACAUGAUCACGUAUUCUAUAUCGGGAGGAAACCAUGAAAACGUUUUUUGCGUUGACGUCAGAGGCUUUCUUCAUGUGGUGAAAGAACUGGAUCGUGAAUUUCGUGAACACUACAUUCUGUCGGUUUCGGUAAAUGACGGACAUAACUCGGAGGUUUCCGACGUAAAUAUCACAGUCAAUGACAUAAACGAUCAUCGACCUCAGUUCUCUAGUGAGGUCAUCUCGAUUUCAAUCGACGAAAACACGUAUGCACAAAAGAUCUGGAUAUUUAGUGCAAAGGACUGGGACGUUGGUAAUAUCACAUACGAGAUUGUUGGAACAUCAAAACAAUCCUCCAGUAAUAUCUUUGCAAUGGAUCAGGGGAUAUUAAUGAUUACCAGAACUUUGGAUUACGAGAAAACACGAAGACAUGUACUAACCAUAGCGGCCAGAGAUCAAGGAUCACUUGAAACAUUUACUCGAGCUGUUGUUCAUGUUCGUGAUAAAAAUGACAACUUUCCUUCCUUUCUGUCGCGUCGCUAUGCUGAACGUGUUCCUCUCAACGCUCCACGAGGGUAUAUCAUCCUUCAAACUCUGGCGACUGACCAAGAUUCUGGACAUAACGGACAAAUAAGCUAUGCUAUUCAUCCUGUCUCAAAUAUGUUCACCAUCGACGAGUCCACAGGCUGGAUACGUGUGGCCAGCGAACUUACCCAUGGUAGUUUCCUAUUUAAUGUAACUGCGAAGGAUCAUGGCACACCAAGUUAUAGCGAUACUGCAUCUGUCACGAUUGUGGUUGAGGUGAACGCGGGACCUCCUCGCUUUCUAUACGCGGGCUUUACGCGAGGGUUCCACGCAAGCGUUCGUGAGAACGAACCGAGAGGAACGAAGGUGCUGACGUUAACAGCUGUGAGUAGAGAUUUAGUGACUUAUGAGCUCUACCAGAAUGAUGUCACUGAUUUUAUAAUCGACCCUAUCUCUGGAGAUAUUACCACAACUAAAUCUUUAGAUUACGAACACAUCAAGUACUACGAGUUUACAGUAAGUGCCACUGACCGAAGUGGACGUUCAAGCCUGGCUCAUGUCGGGGUUUCAGUGAUCAAUGUGAAUGAUAAUAAACCCAAAAUUUUAAAUAAGAACGAGGAUAAUCUAAUCUCGUGUCGAAUUCGUCAUGAUGUGGCUGUUGGUUCGUUCUUAAUAAAUAUCCAGGCUCAGGAUCUCGAUAAUGAUCCCUUGCGUUUCCACUUGGCUGAAAACUCUAAAUCUGAAUCAAAGUUUUUCAGGAUUGACACAACUGGACGAAUAACGACUGCACGGUCACUGGUCGGGAGGAGAGAAAAGAUCGAUAUUGCAGUGACAGUUAGGGAUAAUGGGAGACCUGUGUUGACAGAUACUGUGACAGUGAUUGUUGUAGUUGUCAAGUAUGGAAAUAACCUCGAAACCCAUUUGGCAGAAGUCAGCGAGGAUACCAUUGUAGGCAAGACCAUUUCAGUAUCAAAAAAGUUACAACCAACAUAUAAAGAUCCUAGUUAUAGCAUUAUUUAUCCACCGCAGUCCCCAAUUGCUAUUCACAGUACCCUCGGAAGCCUCAGCUUGGUGAGAAAACUUGAUUACGAGGAAUGUAGGGAAUACUCUCUAACCGUGAGACUUAAUGAGACUGGGGACAAUAAUAAUUAUUUUGAUGUUGAUAUCAAGGUUGAAGUUAAAGACGCGAAUGAUAAUCGGCCGGAGUUUCUCGCUCCGGGUAAUUUCACCGGGUGUGAAAACCCCGUGAGAGUUAAAAUCCAUAAAAAUGCUCAAAGAGGAAGUUUGGUCUAUCAGUUUAAAGCCAGAGAUAGAGACAGUGGCAGGAACGGAAAAGUCGUUUACUCCAUAGAAAGAUGUUCUGACUGUACGGAUUUGUUUACCAUGGAUCAGGACAACCCUGGGGCUUUGAAAACCACCGGGGUUUUUUUAACAAGACCUCAGUAUCAAGUUGACGUGGUAGUAAGCGAUGAAGGAAGCCCACAAAUGAAAACAAGAGGAUGUAUUCUCGUUCAGGCUGAGCAUUUAAAACCACUGUUUACGAAGCAAGAAUAUUACUUUGAAAUAGAUGAGUCUGCAGAUAUUGGUCAUCAGGUUGGAGUGGUCAAGGCCGAAGGAUUUGGUGUUUCUGUGACAUAUGAACUACGACACCCAAGUUUAAUAUUGAGUGUGAAUCCAACGACGGGUGAGUUGAGUUUGAUUUCUACUCUCAACUACGAGAACAGCAAUGAACGAAGGAUUGAGGUUGAUGUUGACACCAAGAACCAAGCCUCCGCAGCAAGAGUUAUUAUCCUUGUGAGAGAUGUGAACGACUGUGCUCCAAAGUUUGAUGAGUCAACGUAUAUAGACUAUGUACCAGAAAGUGCUCUUGUUGGCAGCACUGUUCUUAAAUUACAUGCCUCAGAUGACGAUUCUGGCUUGAACUCUGAUGAAAGAUAUUCUCUAAAUAGUGAGGAUUUCAUUAUUGACUCGUAUACCGGCGUCGUUACGACUGCAGUGUUGUUGGAUUUCGAGAUAGAACGAUCUUAUGUCAUUACUGCGAGAGCUCAUGAUAGAGGAAGCCCUAGUCAAGUGGGUGAAACACGCUUGGUUAUAAAUAUUGUGAAUGUUAACGAUAAUAGACCAAUAUUUACGUCACAAGAAUACUCGUGUAGUAUCUGGGAAAAUGCUGAACAUGGAAGUGAAUUAACUACAGUCAAAGCUACCGACGCUGACGGAGAUAAAGUCUUCUACGACAUUACCAGCGGAGACAGUGCUGGAUUAUUUGUAUUGGAUCCAGACACCGGAGUUCUUCAUUUAGCCAACGAUAAAUCAUUAUCCCUAGUAGGACCCUAUUAUACCCUGAAUAUCUCAGCAACGGAUGAGGUUCAUUGGGAAUACUCCAGGAUAAAAGUGAACAUUAAGGAUAUCAAUAACCAUGCACCAGUGUUUAAAGAUUGUAAUGAUUAUAAGCCAUCCAUCCGGGAGAACGACCCGCCCGAAACUUUUGUCUUACAAGUCGACGCCAGUGAUGAGGACCUGGGUACUAAUGGUGAAGUGGAAUAUGCGAUAGUUCAGCAGCCGGAUGGAGCAAAUUUUGCUAUUGAUCGUAGAACGGGAAGAAUCAAAAGCUUGUCGAGAUUUGACCGAGAGAGACAACGGAAAUUCCCGCUUCUGAUUAAAGCCACAGACGGGAGUCGAAUGAUGAGGCCUGAGGAGAGAUUGGAAGGAUCGUGUUCAGUUGAAAUUGAAAUAACUGAUGUUAACGACAACAAACCAAUCUUUGACAGAAUCUUUUAUACACAAAGUGUCAACGAAAAUGUUCAGAUUGGUCAUCGAAUCAUACAGGUGAGAGCCAGGGACGAUGACGAAGGAUUAAAUGCAAAGAUUAGCUUUAGUUUCAAGAAAUCAUCAUCUCUGUUUGUUAUUGACUCUGAAACUGGCGACAUCAGAACACAAGCAAAGCUUGUUGAUAAAAAGAAAAGUUACAAGCUCAAAGCCAUAGCCAAAGAUCACGGAAACCCGUUUUUAUUUUCCGAAGUUGACGUCACAAUAAACGUAAUAGAAUCGAACGACGAGCCUCAGUUCUUACAAAGUUUCUACGAAGUUACCAUACCCGAGAAUUUCACCGGAUUCAUAGCAAAUGUUACCGCAACUUCUAGGAACUCUGAGCACGACGUGUUCUAUAGUUUUGUCGUAGAUAAUAAUCAUAGAAAUUUUCAAAGAAGAACAUUCAGUAUUGAUCCUAAUGGUGUGGUAAAAGUGAAGAGUCCGUUGGACCGCGAGACUAUUCCUGUGUAUACCCUAACCAUUCGUGCUCAGACCACGCUUGAAUUAAGCUCAUUUGCCACCUUAAAAAUCGUCAUCUCGGAUGUGAACGACUGCUCUCCGGAGUUUCUAUCAUCGCGUUAUUUCGGAGAGGUGUCGGAAAAUGUCAAAGCAGGGACUUCUGUACUUACGGUCAGCGCCAGCGACCCGGAUUUAAGAAGUAAUACUGAAUACAGUAUGGUUUUUAGAAACGCACAUUUCAGUAUUCAUCCUAGAACCGGAAUCAUAUUUACCAAGCGACGAUUCGAUAGAGAACAGAAAGAAAAUUACAUUUUCCAAGUAAAAGCGAUUGAUAGAGAUAACCCAAGAUUAUCAAGUCGCGUAUCUGUGUAUGUGAAGAUUAAAGAUUUAAAUGACAACCCCCCCGUCUUCCAGCACAAUAGUUAUGCAACGUCAGUGAAGGAAAAUGAAGUGAAUGAAAGUGUUAUUGAUACUGUGGUAGCCCACGAUAGAGACCGCGGAAUAAAUGCUAGAAUUACAUACACCAUAAAAGGAGGAAAUUUUGACGGCAACUUCCGUAUAGAUCCCGAAGAUGGCCGAAUUUUUGUGAACGGGAAAAUCGACUAUGAGUUGAGGCAGAAGUACGAGCUCUACAUAGGAGCCUGGGAUGGGAAGAACAACGCAACAACACGAAUGAUAAUCACGGUUAAAAACGAAAACGAUAAUAACCCCACGUUUGGAAAAAAAAUUCACGAGGCGUCUAUUAAAGAGCGUAGUCCUAAAGGUAGUCUCGUUACCAGCCUUGAAGCAAGCGACCCUGAUGCAUUAUUGAUUGAGUACGAACUGAGUGUUCAAAUACGAAAUGUGUUUGAAAUCCAUCCAACUACGGGUGAUAUCAGGACUAAAAUUGAGCUAGAUCGAGAGUUGAAAGAUUCCUACAAAUUUGAAGCUUAUGCCAGGGAUCAAGAUGGAAGAACAGGGACGGUUAGUGUUAUAAUAAGUGUCUUAGAUGUAAACGAUAAUGCCCCAAUAUUCCUGGAAAAACGACAGAGAAUGUCGGUCAUCGAGAAUGCACCGCCCUGGACUGUCGUUGGACGAAUCAAAGCCACUGAUAUUGACGACGUUAAUUCCGGCAACGGGAGGGUAUCUUAUGGGAUAAUCAUGGAUCCUAUCAAUGCAUUCAGUGUUGAACCCAACACAGGAAUUUUAAGGACAACUGCUGAACUUGAUCGAGAGAAUACCAGCACAGUCACACUCAUUGUGAACGCUUCGGAUAAUGGAAUGCCUUCACAAUAUACUCGUGGUGAAGUCAUUGUUACUGUUCUUGAUGCUAACGAUCAUCCUCCGAGGUUUAGUCAGAAGAUUUUUGAAGAAACCAUUGCUGAGGAUGCCAAGGUUGGGUUGACCAUCCUACAAUUAGUCGCCUCUGAUAAAGAUAUUGGUCUAAACGCAAAUCUAAGUUUUGCAAUGUUGAGGCAAAGAUUCAAAGACAAAUUUUAUGUGGAUUCUAAUUCAGGUAUCGUCAAGUUAAUUGGACAACUAGAUUAUGAAAGGGCGACUGAACACAGGUUUGUUGUUCUUGUCGAAGAUGGUGGAAUUCCAAAACGGUCAGACAAUGCUACGGUUAUAGUCAAGGUGACAGACAGCAAUGAUUGCCCUCCAGUAUUUUCUCAAACAUAUAACUUCGUCUUACCUGAGGGAGUCUAUAACAAUCAAACACUGUCAAGUAAACUGGUCGCUACUGACGCGGACCGCACUCCACAGAAUGCAAAACUGGAGUAUUCUAUCCCGGAAGACGCGGGUGAAUCGGGCCUCGUUGUGAAUCCAAACACUGGCGAAUUGUCCCUGAAUACCGCGUUGGAUUACGAGAGUCGGAAGGCGCAUACGUUUAAAGUUAGAGCAACAAAUUUGGCUUCUCCGCCUCUUUAUGGCGAGUCAGAGGUGAAGAUUGAAGUUACCGACAUCAACGACAAUCCCCCGGAAAUUGUGGAAUCAUCGCGUGACCAGAAAAUCUUGGAAAACUCCACAACGGAGGGUCAUGUGACGCGCAUUGGAACACUUCUGGCUUUUGAUCGUGACAGGAAACCAAACGGACCCCCGUUCACGUUUGGAAUUCUUGCUGGAAACGAGAAAAACCUGUUUCAACUUGAUUCCAAGACUGGUUCCUUGAGUACAGUAGCAAAUUUUGAUCGGGAAGAGCAGGCGUUGUAUAUUCUGAAGGUUUGGGUGCGAGAUAACGGCACUCCUGCGUUGACCAAUAAUAUCACAGUACGGGUUCACGUGACUGACCGUAAUGACAAUCAACACAAAGAAGGACACCUCGAGUUAACAUUGAACCUAUUUGACCAUCAAACGAUAUCCCCCAAUGCUCCUAUUGGUCAAGUGUUUGUCAACGAUACUGAUAUAAAUGACCUGCGGUAUUACGACGUAUUGACUGGUGACACAAGUACAUUCAUUAUAGAGAGACUCACGGGUAAUAUUAAAACAAAGAAACAACCUUCGGCGAAGGAAUACAAGUUCCUGGUACGAGUCUCCGACCGGAACAGUUCCUUUCACCCGGUAGAAUGUAAAGUCACGAUUAAAAUUAAUAGAAUUCCUUCGAUUGCUUUUACCAAAAGUAUAACAUUGCGAUUCCUGGAAAUGACUGUGGGAGAAUUCGUCACAAAUCUUGAUGUUUAUAAAAAGGAAAUUGCAAAAGCUCUUCGAGUAUCUACUAAAAAUGUUGAUAUAUUGAGUAUCCAGGAUUCUGGAGAUGGCGCAGUAGAUGUGAGGAUGGCAGCUCAUGGUAGUCCAUAUUUCGCUCCGGAAAGUAUGAUCUCGAUUAUAAAACGAAAGCGAAGUCUUUUAAAAUAUUUUCAAAAUGUGAUUGUGGGUUACGAUGCUUGCUCAGAGGAGCCAGAGGAACCAGGCGGGUGCAGAAGCAUAGCAAAGUUGACCAUCAAGGUACAAACUGUGAAUAAUGGACGCGGGAAAUCAUUUACCUUUGUUAAGACCUUAGUUGAUGUUAGGUUUAAUAGUUGUGAGACGUUAUAUCCAGAAAAGAGAUCGUGUAAAGAAAGACCUUGUUUCAAUUCUGGUGUUUGUCAAGACGUGCCUGGAGGUUAUUUGUGCAUUUGCCCCACCAAGUACCAGGGUCCAAACUGUGAGCUGACCACGCGCAGUUUUAAACCAGGAGAUUGGGUCUCGCUUCGUCCUUUGAGAACAUGCAGUAUCGGGACAAUUUCCCUGGAGUUUUCUACUCUACGAGAAAAUGGCCUUUUUUUUUAUGCCGGACCUUCGUCGAGUUUAGGGCCUGGUGAUACAAGUGAUUUUCUAGCUAUACAGUUACACCGGGGGAAAGUGAGGGUGAAGUUGUCCCUGGGUGACUUUUACCCGAGUGUAAUACACGUUGCAAAGUCAAAGAAAUUGAACGAUGGUGACUGGCACAUGGUGGAGAUUUAUCGAAAUGGAUCGUCUAUUCGAGUGGUUAUUGAUCAGUGUAAUUCAUCGUUGGUGAGAUCAUCAGAAAGUGGUCAAAAGGAAGACAGAAGGAACUGUGAGCAAAAGAUGGACAUCAGAAAUACGAAAUUUCAUUCUCUCAACAUCAACACUCCAAUACAACUUGGCGGUCUGCUAGGAUCACCUCCAGAUUCAAUCAACGUCAGACCAACCACCUAUGAUGGUUGUAUUCGAAAUGUUAAAGAAAACGGGAUAAUGAUUGAUUUGAAGGAUACCUCGAACUCUAUGGGAUCACAAGAAGGGUGUCCUGUUAUUGACCAACAUUGUUCCUCUCCGUCGCCUUGUGCUAGGAACGCAUCAUGUAUACCAUCAAGGAAAAGUUACUCGUGUAUUUGCCCCCCUGGAACUGGAGGAUUAAAGUGUAAAAAUGCCUCUGUGGAGCAGACGUUUGAAGACUCCAGUUUUAUUGCGUAUCAACCGCGGUCUUCGUUCUUGAAAAGAUUACAAUUCAAAAUUUACGGAUAUUCAAAUGAUGGUGCGGACCAGGGACGAAAAUGGUGGUCCUCUUUUGAGGAUUAGAAAGAAAAUUGGAUUUGAACUUUUAUCACUUAGGCUCACAAAAAGCGACAAAGAUGGAUUAUCUCUUGAGGCAAGGAUCAAAUUAAGACGAGAAAUGAUCACCGUCAGACUGACGAAUACGAUGCUG